AUGUUAUGUCCGGCCUAUGAAGGUGUUGGCGCCUUCUUGCGGAGCACAUUUGUCAAGGGCCGUCCUGCAGAGGAUCUUGCACAGAAGUACGAAAUUGGGGAGGAGCUAGGUGCUGGAGCAACAGCCACUGUCUACCACGCCAAAAACAAGCGCACCGGUCAAUGCGUUGCUCUGAAGGCGAUGUGCAAGGACAAGAUCCAGGAUGAGACCAUGCUUCGGAAUGAAAUUAGCAUCCACAAGGUCACGGACCAUCCCAAUAUUCUUCGCUUGCUUGAAAUCUUCGAAGAUGACAAGAACUUGUUCCUUGUCACGGAGCUUUGUGGCGCUGGCGAUUUAUGGAGGCUUCUACAAGCCAACCAGGACGAAUUCAGUGCAUCGAUGAUCUCAGAAGAGGAAGCAUUCGAGAUCUUGAAGCAGGUGCUCAACAGCGUGGGCUACCUGCACUCCCGCGGCAUUGUUCACAGAGACCUAAAGCCAGGCAACUUUCUGUGCUGCGCUCCAGAUUCUGAUGCUGUAGACCAGAAAAAUGUAGCUGGCAAGAUCCGCAUCAUUAAGCUGGCUGACUUUGGUGUCUCUUCCUGCUGCCAUGUGAAGCACCGCCUCACACGCAAGUGUGGCACGGACGGCUUCAUGGCCCCUGAAAUUCUCCGACAUCAGCCGUAUGAUGAGAAGGCCGACAUCUUCUCUGUUGGUUGUAUUCUGCAUUGGUUGCUAACUGGCCAUCCUCCCAAAGCACGCGAGGAUGGAAGCUAUGUGAUGAGCAAGAUUCGCCUGAAUUUCGUCUCCGAUGAGGCUAGAGCUCUGCUGGAGCAGCUGACCAGGCCCAAUCCGGAAGACAGGCCCUCUGCUGAAGAGGUGCUGCGCUCUCCGAUGCUGCAGGGCUCCGCCCAGCGGCUUAGAGCGCGCUCCGCGCGGCUGGAUGCCCACUUACUUGAUCAGAUGUACGCCUACGGGUCUUUCCCGCUGCUGAAGAAGGCAGCAAUUGUUGCCAUGGUCACACGUGCAGAGUCCGACGCAGACUUCGCUCCCAGCAUUGAGAGAUUCAUGUCCCUGGAUCGGAAUUUGACGAGUGGCAUCGACACCGAAGACAUUUACGGAGCGCUGAGAGAUGAAAUGCUUGAUGACAUGCGGAAACUGGUGCGCAAGUCCAUUGGGGGGGAGGUUGGAAGAAAGCGUCGGGGGAGAUCCCGUCUCAUGCCGCAUGGUGCUUCCAGGCAGCCACGAGACGAUGCCAUGAAAGACACCAUGAAAAAGUUCCAGACGGAGCUCCACGAAGAUGUUGCCCGACUUGUGAACAAGGUCGAUGCAACUGGCACGGGGCACAUCAGCUAUUCCGAGUGGCUGGCCGCCACAGCAGAUCCUGCAUGGUAUACGGACCCAUUGCACAUCAGCGCCGCCUUCAGGCUUUUCGACUUUGAUGGCGAUGGCAUGAUCAGCGAGGAGGAUCUCAAGUGUGUCAUUCCCGAUGUCUUCGAAAAGCUGACUGUGAAAGCUGUCCUUCAAGAGUCACAACUGAGUGCCAAACAGACGUCUUGGAUCAGCGAGGAGUGCUUCUCGCUGCUCAUUCGCACCCAGAAUGCUUCCGUCUUCACGCUGCAGCGCAUCUGCGAUGGCCUGGAAGAUCCGGUUGCCGCCGCUGAUAGCGGCCGAUAG